AUGAAUUUAUCAGAUCAUGGCUGUAAUUCUUUUGUAACCAACUUGACAUCAAGACAUAUGGACAACAAGAAAGACAUCAAGUUUUCUAAAACAACACAGAAGAUAAUUUCACAUGAAAAUAGGGGUUUGAGACUAGAAUCCAAAAAAAUAUAUGAAACGUCAAUAUUCCUCUGUGGUGAAGAAAAAUCCUCUGAUUUUUCAGGAGAAAAAGAGGUCAGGAGAAAGAAAAGUUUACAAGUACAAUUGCAUACUAAAAGAACUGAGUUUGCUUCUUCCUCAGUGAAGAUGUCAAAGAAGAUGACUAGGAAAGAAAACUGUUUAUUCAAGUUGCCGAAUCAGUACAGCAUUCACAAGACUUUAUCACCCCUUUGUACAUCUUCCUCAGUUAUUGGGAAAAGGGAAAUGAUUUCUAGCCUCUACAAGACAUUAUAUAAUGAAGUACCUCAAGGACACUUAUACUCACAAGAACUAAGUGCACUUGAGAAGGCCCGUAAAAUUUUCAGUAAAAUUCAGAGUGGUAAGAUUUAUGUGAAUGAUCUACCAACAAUCCAUCACACCUUCAAGAUUUUUAUAAGUGAUUUGGAAAUGCAAAAGGCACUAAAGACUAUUGAUAUUGAUGCAUUCCAGAAUGCCCUGAAGAUUUUCUGUAGGAUAAAAAGUGGUCGAGUUGCAACUGAUGAACUGGCUGCUGUUUUGAAUAGCAUGGAUAUCCCUGUAAUCCCUGAAACUUUUCAGGAAGUGAUAAAACAUGCUAGUAUAGACAGUGAGUUAUUUGAAUUCCAGUUACAGAAUGGUCAAGCCCUGGACAAAUCUACUUCUAACAGAAAGUUAUCAAAUAUAUCAGAAUGCUAUCUACAAUAUAGGAAGAAAAAUAUUUUAUCUUCCAGACCAUUUGAACCAUCAUUAUUCCCAAAGUUAAGUAGAAAACACCUCCAAUACCAUAAAAUUAUAGAGGAUAAUGAUUACCUUGAAUUUAGAAGAUCAAAAAAUCCUUUGCAAAUAAAAAAAUUCCUAAGUGAGGUUGAUAGCAGCAAUAUAGGAUUCCAGGAACUAUAUUCAAAGGAUGGCAUAAGCUUUAAGAAAAGUUCAGAGAAGAUUGAAAUUCAUGACUCAAAGUCUAUACCACAUAACUUGAAGAGUAUUACAAGCCUCAAAAAGUCUCUGGAUAAAAGUGAUACUUUUAGUAUCCCCAAACUUCAGAAGCCAACUGUGAGAAGGCAUUCCAGCCCCCUAAAACAGGUUUCAUCAAAGGAAAAAACUGCAGUGAAUGCUCUGGAAAACAUCUACAAAGCUAUCAAUAAACUCCAACAAAAUUACAUUGCUGCAGAAGAACUUCAAUCCAUUCCUUCGAUAGGAAUUACUUUAUCAGACAAAGAGUUCAAGAAGAUUGUGACAGACACUACUCAAAAUGAAAGUGGAAUGGUGAAGUUAGAUGACUUUAUGAGUGCUCUCUCUGUGGAGCAAAGUCUUCCUGAAUGUGAUGUGUUCAUUGAUGUCAUUAAAGCCAUUGAUGAAAGUAAAGAUGAAAAUAUGAAUUAUGAGGAUCUGAAUACUUCAGCAUUUUGGAUCCAAAUGAAUGACCUUUCUAAGCCAGAAUUUAAGAAGAUUUUAGAAUUGACUGAAGCUAAUGAAACAAAAAAAGUGAAUUUUAAAGAAUUCAUUGAUACAGUGAUGACCAAUACAGAAUGCUUCUCUGAAAAACUAUUAUUGCCUGCUAUUAUUGAAAACCUCCACAAGCUCAGCAAAGAGAAAAUGAAUGCUUCUCACCUGUGGAACACUCUGUCUAGGAUGAAUAGUAACUUGAAAAAAAAAAAAAAAGAAUUCAUAGAUGCACUGAAAUUAGCAAUAAUUGAUGAGAAUGAUGAAAUACAAGUAGAAGAAUUUGGAAAAGUAGUAAAGGAAAUGUGUGAUGCCUCCAGGUUAAAAGAGUUACAGGACAUUACCUUAGCUCUUGAUUUGCUUGAAGGUGACAUGAUACCUAGGAAGAACUUAGAGAGCUUUCUAGGAAAUAGUGGGAUUAAGUCACCUGAAAAGGAGGUAGAGAAAAUUCUUCAAUCAAAUUUUGUUUCUGAUGACAACAUGGUAAAUGUUAAAGACUGUAUGAAGGCUUUGAACACCCAGGAAUUUUCCAACUUUAUUGAUUUUAGGAAAGAGACUUUGUCUUCAAAUCUGAAACUACCAAAAGCAGAUGAGAUUAAAGAAGCUGCUCAUAUCUUGUCAAGUGUUGAUAAUGGCAAAAUUUGUAUACCUGACUUGGAGCAUGCCCUGAAAAGUUUGAAUGUUAAUAUAACUGAGGAGGCUAUCAGUGAAGCCCUUAAAUUUUGUGAUAUCAGUGAUAAUAAGGAGGUGAAUUUGAAAGAUUUCUUUACAAGAAUUAAAGAAAGUCCACAUUUCAAAGAGUCAACUCCAUUGUCUACACAGCUACUCUUAGCUAUCACCCAAAUUCUCCAGAAUGAUCUAAUUGAUGUCUCUGACCUCAAGGCAUUAUUGAUGAACAAUGACUUUUGUGCAGCUAAUGUUUUACUUAAUGAAAUAUUAAGAAAUGUACCUGAACGUGAAAAUGGCAAGAUUACCAUUCAAGGAUUUUUAACUGAGUUCUGCAAUACAGAAUUCCUAGAAUUGAGAAUUCCUAAAGUCACAGGUGAGUUUUACUUAAUAUGUAUCUAUUGCCUACGUCUAGAAUGACAAGCAGUGGUUUUCAUUAAAACAACACAGGAUUAGACAGUUACCGUACGGAUUAGAAAAAAUAGGAUAAAACAACACAAUACUGGGUUAUAUAAUUUUUGUUCAAAUUGUAUGGCAAAGAUUGCUAAGCUUACCCCAAAUUCAAAAUUGUAG